ACCAUAUAAAAACACAAUCCUACAUAUACCAACACCACGGUUAUCAAAUUUCAAAUCUCAACUUUCUCUCACCAAAAAACACGCACUAAAUCAACUCCAAAAAAUGGGCGACGGAGAUUGCAGGCCGUUAGGGUUUUUGAUUGGGUUACCUUUUGCGUUAAUCGCAUUGGUGAUCUCGUUGAUUGGUGCGGUGAUUUGGAUCAUUGGUUCGGUGGUUAGUUGCUUGUGCCCUUGUUGCUGUUGCUUUGCUGGACUCGCUAAUUUAGCAGUUGAUUUGAUUAAACUUCCCAUCAAGAUUCUUAGAUGGUUUAUUUAUCAGAUCCCUUGUUAGUUUAUGGUUUUGAUUUAUAUGUUUGAACAUUUUUUAAGGGAUUAGAUUAUUAUGUGAUGCAGAAUUUAUUAGAUUUUGUUCGAUGUUCUUGAUUGGUUAGUAGAUGAAUAUUGAAAUUAUUUUUAUUAGAUAA